AGUGAGGGCUGAGGCAUCUAAUUAAAGAGGAAAGGCAUGCAAGAGGGAAAUGUAGAUAAAGAAAUGAAGGUUAUGUCUUUGCCAGAAUAUGGGCAAGAGGUUACCUUUUAUAACCACACAGAAAAUGGUUCAUUUGAUUUCUCAAGGCUUCCUUGGAUGGUAUUCCUUAGUAUUUUAAAGUUCCUUAAGACAAAUGAGUUGUGUCGGCUUUGUUUGGUGAACAAGCUUUGGCUGAAAGCUUGCAGAGAUCCAAGCUUGUGGCGAGACCUUGACUUGGAAAAAUACUGUUCUAUAUCCGAUGAUGACCUUAUACGGUUGGCAUCAUUCAGUAGUAAUGUGGUUACAUUGAGGAUAUGUCGCUGUGACAUGUUAACAGACCCAGGCACUUGCUGUGCCAUAAAACGGUGUUCAUCAUUAACUGAGUGCAGUAUUCACUUCAAUGUCGGACAAUGUCGGAUGAUGUUUUGGCAGCCUUGGGAGAGUGCUGUCAUCAGCUGAGGAAAUUGGAUGUUACAUUGUCACUGAAUUUCACAGAUGAAGGCAUACGAAAGGUUUGUGAAGGAUGCCCAAAGUUGGAGGAAUUAGUGAUAGACCAAUGUUCAAAGUUGACAAAUGAAUCGCUUGUGCAUCUUGGCCAUCACUCUGCUAUGUUGAAAUAUAUAUCUGCAACAAGCAUUGCAAAUAUAACUGACCAAGGUGUUGGGGCACUUCUGCCCGGUUGUCAGCAAUUGCAGACUUUAAGGCUUCCAAUGUGCAGUCUUUCGGGCCAAAGUGCUUACCACAUUGCAGAAUAUGGCGCAGACAUUUUGUAUUUAGACGUACGUGGGGCAAAGUUAGAGGAUGAUCAUCUUUGUGAAAUUGUAAACGCUUUGAAAAAACUGCAAACUUUGAAUCUUGGACUUUGCUUUGAACUGACUGAUGCAUCGGUGAAAGAGAUUGCAUUGCAUUGUAAAGAUAUUAAACAUUUGUUCUUGGUGAAUAAUAAAAUAACAGAUGAAGGUCUCCUCCAUUUAAGUGUUUACUCUCAAGAUAUUGUGCAUCUUGAUGUAAGCUGGUGUCAUGGUGUUACGGCAGAUGGUGCUAGAAAAGUGCUUAAUGGUUGCCCAAAACUUAAACAUUUAGGUUUGUUUAGAUGUGAUAAAGUUCCUGAUUCAGCUGUAAGCGAACUUUGUUCGCAGUUUCCACAAGUAUUCAUCAGCACACUUGAGACGGAGAUGAAAAAAUCGAGAUGCCAAAAAUUGGAUGGGAAAAGAGAAAAAUCAGGUGUAGAAAAGCUCUCUGUUUCAUCAAGCUAACGUAAUCUUAGAUUGUAAGAUCUUAAACCACAUUAAUAAAAUCAUAUCAUAUUGUAUAUAUUAACAUGUACUGGUCAGGUAUCAUAUAUAAAAUAGCCAAGCAGAGAGGAUUAUAGCUGAGAAAUAUAUAGCAAUUUGAAAUGUAUUUAUUUACAUACAUACUGUAACCCCCUUUAAAGCUGAGCUAUUUUGUAAGUGGUGUUUGACUUAUGAAAUUCUUGAAUUUUAAAACAAUUUGUUCAGAAGUGUUUUUACAAUCAUUGUAUAUUUUUGUAACUUUGUACAGCAAUUUUAGGAAUAAAAAUUUGUAAUUUA